AUGGCAACUCAAAUGGACCACGACACGAUCAUACGGCCUGGAGCAGGAGGGUUAGACGCAGUUUCUGCUCCUAUGAGGGCAUGCGAGGCAUGCAACCGCAAGAAAACAAAGUGCGAUAUGGCCCGCCCAAAUUGCGGCCUGUGUCGACGGACUGGGCGCGCCUGCAAGUUUCCGACUACUCGAAAAUUACCCAGGACGUCUCUCAAGCAGCCGCAUAGCUCUUACUCUCAACCUUUGAACAAUAACCUCAAGUGGCUGCUAAAUUUUUUGGAGGAAGAUACCAGUGAUAACAACUUAAAUGCCAAACAAGAUCGAUUAUUCGCUGCCAUGUCUGGAGUCCAUCGGCCAACUAUUGGAGAGUUGUCACCGAGAGGGAGGCCCACUGCUAUGAAUACCAACCCUCAGCAGGAUACUACGGGACAGCUCUUUGAUCCCGAUCCAUCAUCUCAAACGCUUGAAUACUUGAUCGCGCUACCUCAUGAGAAUGAUCAUGAUCAACCUCUGGAGCCAGAGUUUGAUAAUGGCUCCAUCCAGUCUCAAAUCAGAGCGGGAUCGCACAAAAAGGCUACCUGUAUGCCAUCUGUACCGUACGAUCUAGCUAUGGACCUGAUUGAAACUUUUUUCGUGCAUGUCCAGCCCUGGCUUCCACUCCUACAUAAGCCUAGAUUCAUGGCUCAAUGUCAGCAGGAAUUGAAGCCUGGCUCUCAUUCCCUCGAUGAUUUGUACCUUGAGACAGCCCUGCUACUGACCGGAAUGUUCGGCCUCGCGGCUCGUUUCUCCACAAAUCCCGCAUUCCAGGAUAUCGACCCGUUGCAACGCGACUCACAGUACAUAACACCCGCGCGCCGUGUCUAUGGCGAACUACGAAAUACCCGGUCGUCCUCACUAGCAUAUUUGCAAGGAUGCAUCGUUCUUGCCUUCCAUGCUUACACCGAUGAACUGAAUAGCUCCGCUUGGAUCUUGUCAGGUGUAUGUGUACGGCUAGCCUACGACCUUGAACUAUCUGAAAUCGACAGCGAUGACGACAGCAGCGCAGCCAAUCAACUCAACUAUGACCAAACAGAUCUAGAAGAAAUGAGACGGGCGUGGUGGCUGACUUGGGAACUUGACACUUUUGGCUCCUUGAUGACCCGGAAACCGUUUGCUGUUGAUCGGCACCACUUCACCGUACGAUUGCCAUUUGCGGACAGUGACUGGUUUGCUGGUAGACCAGUGGAAUCUGCCGAGCUCUUGACUGCACCUGAGCAAUCAUGGAAGUCUUUACAAGCAUCUGAGAAUCAGAAUCCUCGAGCAUGGUUUCUAAUUGCAAAUCACCUUCUCUCACUGCUUAUUCAAUACAUGUAUAGGAAACAACCAGAAUCUGGCAGCGCAGUAUGUGAUCUUCUACCCGCAUUCAACUGUCUGAAGCUCUCCUGGCCCUCAUCCUUUGAUAUCCUUAUCAACCCCCCACGUUUUGAUGAACAGACAUUUUCUGACUUCAACUGGAUAUUCGGCACACACCUCAUGCUGACGACUGCAUACUCUUUACUAGACUCAGCAGCAACGGAUGGUAGUGGAACAGCCAAUCCAAUGUCCAUUCCCAGUCUGGGCAUGGAUAGAAAGAAGAGCUUUCGCGAGAUAUCAUUCUCACAAAUUGUGAUGCGCUGGCCACCCGAGUACAUGGUUGCCUCGCAUCCGUUCUUUGUUUGCAAUGUGAUGCCCACAAAUUUCGAAUUUAGGGGAGCCUCCAAAAGGAAUGCUCUGGCUUUGUAUGAAGCUGUUGGAGAUACAGCGGAGCUAGUCAUUGCUCAAUUCGCCAGAAGGUGGAAACUAGCUGGGCAGGCGUUGACGGUUUUUCGUCUCUUGCGUAAUCCCUCAUCCGACGCAGAGGUUGAUGGCGACCUGCGGCGGCGCUUCGCCGCAUUCUUCGCACGUGAAACUGCUUCACGUUCUCACAAAUCGAUCCAUAAAUUGGUUCACAGCGGUAGUCCUUCGUAUGAUCGGAACACACAGCAUGAUCUGACUACAUCUCAAAACUAUGUGCUGACUACCCAAGAAAAUCACCUUAGUCGUCACAAUGGUCUUGGUGAUUCGCAAGGCUCAGCAGAUGGAUUUCAGGAUCAUCAAGGCACGGAAACAUCAUCAUUCAUCAUGACUCCGUCUUUGAUGAUGCCUCAUAUUAGCCUUGACCAGGUGGAUAGCCAAGCCUCACCAUACACAUUUUCAGAUAUCCUUGUACACACAUCCGAAUCGAUAGAUGCUCCAUUUUGA